UACGCCUUUCCAGUUCUUAGAACCAAAUCGGCUUUGUCUUCUUCUCUCCUGUGACUCACUCUUUUGAUCUUAAGGGAACGCAAAAAAAGAAAAGAAAGAAAAACGACUCCAGCUCUUCCUUGGUGACACAAUCUUGAUUAAGUGCAUUGAGGUUUUGGGCUUGGUCUGGGUGGCUCUGUGAUUUUUGAAUUAGGCUUGGCGGCUUUAACACUUUUGGAAUUUAGCCUUGGAAGCCUUGAGGAAAGAGCAUUAAAGAAUACUACCAAUCAAUCAAAGAGGAAAUGGGAGUCGAAAAAUGGUUCAGUCUCCACACCACGACAUCACAUUCGACGUGGAAUGGUGUUAACUUCUCCUACCGGUCAAAUUGAGGCAUGGCGUCUAAAGCAUUAUGAUGCUGAGAAAGGAUGGACUGGAAUAGAGCUCGGGCCAUUAUAUGAUAAAAUGAUAGAGUUAAGGGGUCAACAUCCUCCAGAAGAACUGUCUGAUAAAGAGAUUAUGGAGCGUGUACUUGGACGUGAUUCAGUAUACUUGCGAGGGUGGGGGCGGUCUCCUAGUGUCACAACUUCUACUUCACAUCGUGAAAAUAUUGUGGGUAAUCAACCAACUUAUGAAGAGUUACUUGAACGACUUAAUGAUACAACUUCCCGCCUUAAUGCUACUAACGAACAACUUAGUGUAGUUGUGGAUAUACUUCGUCAUAACAAUUUGAUGGCACCGCCUCCACCACCUCCAACAGACCAAGCUUCAGAUGCAAAUUUAAGAGAAUCGCCAUCUAUUUCAGUUCGGGAGUCACAAGAUGAUUCUUAGUUUAUUUACAUUAAUUUACUAAGGAAUGAACUUUAUGAAGUUUUUUUUAUUUUGGUAGGGGUAACCUUAAAAUGAUAACUUUAUGACUUAUUUUAGUAUUGAACA